AUGCCGGAAUCCCAGCGCGGCACUGCUAACCGAGACAGCAAGGUGCGGCCGACUUCGUACUUCAACCGCUUGAACGAAGCCAUAGAGAAUCGCGUGUUGUACCCAUUCAACACGAUCGCGCUGUUGGGGCAAGAUCCAACGCAAAUGCAGAUUCCCAUACCAGCCUCGUUCCUCGCUGCGAUGGAGCCCCGCGUAGAAGCCACCGUGCGUGAGCUACGCAACCGCUUGACCUACCAGGAAGCGAAGAAGAUCGUGGUCUCCAUCUUGCCUACUCUUGAGCCUACGGACGUGUCUUCAACCCACUGGAUUGCCGAGCCUUCUUCCCGCCUGCUGCGUCCUCAAGAGGUCAUCACCUCACUGGGGCCGCACUCAGUCUUCCUCGACCAAGCCUUGCAAUCCGAUGACUUCUUCCAGAAGCUGGUGUGCGCAAUGCUUCUCAAGAGUACACAGCCGAAGUUGUCGUUCCUCCAGGUGAUCGUCAUGGCAUUGAUGGCUUAUGGGGAUAUCGCAGAUGAGACCGAGAUCUGCGAUUGGAUGUGGGAAAACAUCCCCUUCUGCGGUCAAUGUAUCAAAGCGCGGUUGGCUCUUGUAAUCCACAGGGAGCUCACCGUAGUCUUUGAGAGCCGCCAUCGGGUCCUAGAGCCGAUUGACGCUGCCGUUUGUGGUCGAGGACUGGUCUACGAGCGAGAGCAGAAGGGUCGUGUUUGGCGGCUACCCACGAACAGCGAGAACCGCAUCUUCCAAGGCCUGUACGCGCCAGGGCACGUCUUACUUUGGAAUCGCCCGCGGCCCUUCGUAGCCACCCAGAAUAUGCCCAGGAUACGAAGUGUGGCGGCGAUCAAUGGGACCCCGUUCCUAGCGCACAGUUACGUCCCCAAGCUUGAGAUGAUGCCCGCGGAAAUCUUGGACCAGAUCGCCUGGCACAGUGUCCUGCGUUCCGAAACUGUUCAGGCUCUGAUAACUUCGGCCGGAAUUGGCUUCUACCAGAUCGCGGCAGAGUCAAUCACAGCAAACGCCACGGGUCAGUUCGCAAACCUUCCUCGACGCCGACACUACCGUGAGCUAGGACUUAUCGAUGCCAGGCCGUUGUGCGGUCUUCCACGUCUGGAUGAGCUCAUCCGAGAACAGUUCUUUAGCAACAACCACUUUAGGUUGAAGGACAGCGUCCACGGUUACCACGCCACGACGUACCAGAUGUCAGCUUCAGGUGUCGCUAACGAUGUGACCUAUCUGCCCUGGGAGUUCGUGGACCGGCUUGGCUCCAAGAGUGCUGAACUCCUUACGAGUAUCAGCAUCGAACUUCAGGUAGAGGCGCUUGAAGAGACCGAGGUGUUCCACUUUGACGAGGGGUACGCCGAAAAGGUGAUAGAGUUCCUGAGCUUGGUACGGGAGAGUAGCAAUCUCCGGUGCUUGGAGGUACACAUCGAGUGGGUUCGGGCUGAAGACGUCCGAGGCCUGUACAUGGGUGGCGAUGUCCCGGAUCUCAAAGUUUUCGAGGAGCUGUCAGCAUUCCGUGGCCUUAGGGAGGUGUACCUUCCUGGUCUAGAACUCUUCCCUGCACUACGUGAAGAGCUGGUACGCCUGAUGACUUCGCCUCAAUAG